GCCAUCGAGAGACUCCAGACUAAACCAAAGCUGACGAAGCUAGGAUUUCAAAUGUGUCUCAUAAACGACCAUAAAAACGUCCAUGGAAACGCUCCGGUGCCCCUGCCUUCUGCGACGCCGCGGUGGAGGAAUCCCCGGCAGCCUGCCUUCAGCAGACGCGGGGCGUUUUCAGCCAGCUACUCCCAGCAGGCUCCUAGGGAUUUCCAGCCGCACCAGGGUAACUCCUGGAGGAAAAAAUACUCCCUUGUGAACCGACCGUCUGGACCGACUUGUCACGCCGGCAGCGCUGGAAGUGCGAGCACUUCGCAGGCUUUUGUAAGCCAAGGGGGCAGCCGGGCAACCGGGCCCCAAGGAGCAGCCCCAGAAAGGCACGUGGACUUGACUACAGAUGGUAAUAUAGUUGUUGGGAUCCAGCUGCCACGGAGGACUGGCCCGGUUGUAAACGCUAAAAGUUUUGCCGAAGUGAGCUCUUACUGUGAGGUUUCGGGGUUGAAAAAGGUGGCAGCUGUUCCGGACAGCAGUAAAAAUGUGCAGAAACACUCUAGUUCUCUGUACACGAGCCAAAAGGAUGAGAGAAAGCCCUCUUUCUCGGUUUCCUUUAGUUCCUCGUACCGAUCUGCGAGCUCAGUGCAACUGAACGUGUCGGACGUGCUGAGAACGGUGCAUCUGUCUGGCGAGGCGGCCCAGAGCACCGCCGCCUCCCGCAGAAGUGCCAGUGAAAGUGCCGUAACGCUUAAGUCGAAGCUGCAGCAGCCUUUGGCCGUGCCUGACCGCGAGCUGGGUUGCCGCUCGACGUGGAAGAAGCCAGAGCCGCCGGUUCCAGGGCAGUCUAGCUCUGAGCAGGUCCGAGAUGCUUUCCGAGAGCCAAAGCUCUUCGGAAACGCCGAGGCACGCUCCAAACCUGCUCAGGCUUCCACUUCGGCAGUGGGGAUGAAUCCAGUGAAGAGUCGAUUUGCAGUACUCUCCAAAGCGACCGGUCUCCAAAGGGCCACCUCAACAUCAGUCUCCAGCAAAGCUUUGAAAUUCAAGAAAACCAAUUACACGUGGGUUGCAAACCCUGGUAAAUGUUCGCGUACUGUGAAGAGGUGGAUCAGCCCUCGAGCUUCUGACAGUGCGAGGAAGCUCGCUGGCGGAGCAGACAAAGUGGCUAAGCUAUCGCCGAAAGGAGACUUGGGAGCAAAGCUGAAGAAAUCUGGACUGCAGCCCAAAUUGGGCGUUUCCCCCAGCAAGUAUAAAUGGAAAGCCUCCAGCCUGCAGACCUCUCCCUCCACCUCCAAGUCGGCGUUCAGGUGGCAGUCUGAGGACCAAAAAAAGGCUGGGGCCUCCAGCGCCUCUAGAGCCAGCCCUGCCCCGCCGCCUCCGAACGCCGCGUCUGUCGGUCACAGCGGGGUGAAGUCGUCCUUCGGUGAGGCUGCGCUUUCCGGUUAUAAAGUGAAGAGUCGGACAAAAAUCAUCAAGAGAAAAGGAUGCUCAGGUUCGCCAGCAGAUAAGAAGAGCAGCUCCUCUCCUACCACGCCUCUGAAAAGUCACUUCCAUCUCAGGAAGAAAAACGCCUUGCGGGGGAAACCUUCUGCGACGCUGAAACGUUCCUCACCCAAGGGCCUGGUGCAGAUCACCAAGCACAGACUGUGCAGGCUGCCGGCCACUCGGAUGCAGGUCUCUGGCAAGGAAGGUGCCAGUUUGCACUUUGUAAGGAGCCCCCCCGGCAGCAAGGUGAUAAAGACUCGUUACAGGAUAGUGAAGAAGAACGUGGUUUCUUCCUCAAGUUCGUUGUCGUCCUUCAACAGCCCGGUUCCCAACUGGAAGACGAGGCGCCUCGCAACAUCCAGAUCGCCGGUGUUAAACCAAACGCGCCCGUCGCCGCCGAGCAGCAAGUCGCAGCAAAUGCAGCAGCGCUGGCGGAGCAAAGGCUUGCGCUGCAUCGGCGGCGUGAUGUACAGGGUGUCGGCGAACAAACUCUCCAAGACCUCCAGCACUCCCGGCAGGAGCAGAGAGCAGAGCGCCAAGAGCCCCGGCAGAGCAGUGCCAAGAGGCUCAUUCUGCAGCCGCUACAUUGCCAGUCGUGCUGUUCAGCGGAGUUUGGCCAUCAUUCGUCAAGCCAAACAGAAAAAAGAGAAGAAGAAGGAAUACUGUAUGUACUACAACCGCUUCGGCAAGUGUAAUCGUGGAGAGAGCUGCCCCUAUAUCCAUGAUCCAGAGAAGGUGGCCGUCUGCACCAGGUUUCUCCGUGGCACGUGCAAGAAGACGGACGGGACGUGCUCGUUUUCCCACAAAGUUUCGAAAGAUAAGAUGCCCGUGUGCUCUUACUUCUUGAAGGGGAUCUGCAGCAACAGCAACUGCCCGUACAGCCACGUCUACGUGUCCCGGAAAGCCGAAGUGUGCCAGGAUUUCCUCAAAGGCUAUUGCCCCAUGGGAGAAAAGUGCAAGAAGAAGCAUACUCUGGUCUGCCCGGACUUCGCCAAGAAGGGUGUCUGCCCCAAGGGCGCCCAGUGCAAGCUGCAGCACCCGCAGAAGAAACGUCGCCCACGGCAGCCUGGUGCUGCCGGCAAUGCCGACCGCGGCCACCCCCCCUCCAAGUGGCGGCGGCUCUGCGAAGAAACGGGCAGGAACGAUACCGUGCAGCUCCAUGAUGAUGUGGCAACGCCGGGGCCCUCCAGCACAGAGCGAGAUGCAACGUUUUGGAGAGAUGCGGACCCAUCGCGGAGCAGCCGGCUCCAAAAGCUGCCGUCUUUCAUCUCGCUGCAGUCGCCCACCUCCCCCGGGGAAGAGACAUGCAAAGCUGAACGGGGAGAGGAUGAGCCUGUGGAAGAGCCAGGUAGGAAGCAGUUACUCCAGUUUUGUUCCCGCACCCGCCGGGCUGCGCCA